GGGAAAUGUAGUUCCCGGCUGAAGGGGAACAGGGUUUGGGGCUGGGAGGGCGCGCAGGCAGGCGCGCGGCGGGCAGGCCUGGAGGGGGCGGGUCCGCGUGGGCCUCGGAGCCUCCCGCCCAGCCCGAGGAGAGGUCACAGCGGGAGCCUGCCGCCGCCUGGCCGCUGCCGCUAUCGCCGCGAGGUCUGAGUGCCGGGGCUGCAGCCAUGGCCUACUGCCGGCAGGAAGGGAAGGAUCGAAUCAUAUUUGUGACCAAAGAAGACCAUGAAACCCCAAGCAAUGCAGAGCUGGUGGCUGAUGACCCCAACGACCCAUAUGAGGAGCACGGAUUGAUCCUGCCAAAUGGAGACAUUAACUGGAACUGCCCGUGCCUUGGGGGAAUGGCCAGUGGCCCCUGUGGGGAACAGUUCAAGUCGGCCUUUUCCUGCUUCCACUAUAGCACAGAGGAUGUCAAGGGGUCAGACUGUGUAGACCAGUUCCGGGCCAUGCAGGAAUGCAUGCAGAAAUACCCCGACCUCUAUCCUCAGGAGGACGAGGAGGAGGAGGAGGAGGAGAAGAAGAAGCCAGCAGAACGUUUAGAAGAGACAGCUUCCACUGAGGCCACUGCAACCAAAGAAGAGGAGGGGUCAAGCUAAUGAAGGCCAUAAGGCACUGGGCUCCAGUCCUUCUUCUUCAGAGUGAUAUGAACCUUUUGUAAGAUGCCUUUUGGUCAUUCUCCGAGAACGUGUCUUUCCCUCUGUUGUUCUGUGCACUAUAAUGUACAAAAUAACUUAUUUUGAUGAUCGGGGGUCUUGGUCCUUUGACAUAUACACUGGAAAAAAUGUAUGUGUGUCUCCCAUAAACCUAUCGGCAAAUGUAGCUGUCACUUUCAAAUUCUCAGAUUAUCCUGAAUUUUGCCUCUUUGAAAUAAUGUGCUGACUAUGCUCAGCAACUAGAAAUCAUUAUCUGGGAGUAUCUUGUGAGUGAGCUGAUUUAUUCUGAUUGAUUAUAUGCUCUUGUAGAUUUUAUACCCCUGUGGGAAAUGAAAUAGAAACAAACCAUCUUCCUUUAAAAAUGCUGGAGUGGGGCCAUUCCCAGUACAAGGCCAGAUGAUCAGAUACGUAUUUCUCAUGAACCGUCUUGAUCUUGAGUAUGUGAGGAGGUACUAUAGUUCAUUUCUGAUGCAUUUUGGUUUCCAUUUUCACUUUGAGCUCCAGGUUUUCCGUGUUUAGAAAUUGGAACUGUGGACACUCUGAUUCACAGUCCCUUUCUAAGUGAAGAGAAAGGCUGGUUUUGCUGUUGUUGUUCUUCCACAAGCCCUGGUUUGGGGCCUCUGUUCAUGCUGGCUCUGUGUCAGCCUGUUCAAUGCAAUGUUCUUGAGAGGUGGGGACCUAAUUGUUACCAAAGUAGCAGCCAAGAGAAGAAACGGCGUGUAUUUAGUCACUUAAAAGGAAAAUAAGACUUUUACCUGGUGUUGAAUGUGUCCUUUGUUUUUACUAACUAAAAAUGUUUUUGCUAUAAGGAAAUAUAAAUAUGAAAAGUUCACUGAAAUUCCUCCUUGAAGAUACUGGUAAGCCAGUUUGAGUCCAUUAAAAUUUUCGGUGUUGAAUUCA